UAAUAAAAAGCCCCCACAUGAAUAGCUUCCACUCAGUGUCACCAAUGGCAGAGCUUGGCAGCUGGCCUGUUUGGAGACUCUGUGUGCCCUCAGCUGCCUCCAGAAGUGACAGUCGGUUCUCUGUAUAGACUAUCUGACUGUUGGAAGGCUGGAAUAUUUGAAUGUCAUUGGGGGAGGUCAUCUUUGGCUUGAGGAGGGGGCUGGUCAAUAGGGGUUAAUAUAUGCCUCUGCAAUGGAGCAAGUGGAGACUUGCAUUGAUAUUGGUGGCCAAAGGGCCCUUUUUGAGGCACCAGGGCCAUCUGUACACAAGUUUAAAUGGUAUAGUCCAAUUUGAACACCCCUCCAUAUUGAGCUAAAAUGGAAGUGCCUCUUUUGCAGUGUUUGCUGGGAAGAAGAAGAAGUACAGUCGGGAUUGGGACUUUGAAGAGAGCAAUCUGAAAAGGUAAGAGGAGCUGGGAAAAAAAAACAAGAUCUCCAUUUGGGACAUCCGGUCUUUCUCACUGCAACAAUCAGACAACACUGAAAGACUAGAAGAGCCAAAGUCCAAGAGUCAGACCCAUCUAUGGCAGAAAAAGUGGAGAUCAAAGCGACUGCGGUCAAAGUGCUGUGCUAUGUGGAGAAAAUCUCCUCCUUCGCCUCCUCCAUAGAUCCUCUCUUUGGGAUUGUGACUUCAGUGGUCGGGGUCGUCAGGAAAGGCCUCACGGAAGAGGAAGACCAUGAGAUGGGCAAGGACUUCAGGGAGAUCCAUGAAAAGCUGGAAACCAUCUCGGAGAAGAACAAGAAGGUGCUCCGACAGAUCCGCAUUGAUGAGAUCAACGAGAAUUUCGGUAAACACGAGGAAGUCAUCAAGCAUCAGUACAAUGCUUUCAACACAAUGUUGGAAAGAGUAAAACUGGACCCUGAGAACUCAGAUCAUCACAUGCAGGAGUUUGUGAAGAUCUACGAGAAGGACGGCAGCGACAUGAGCUUAGAUGUGUUUUAUCGUGGUGUGAAGGGAACCGCUGUGUUUGGGAGACCCAUCCUACAAGUGUACCUGGAGAACUGUCAAAGGAACAAAAAGGUGAUGGAGGCCCGCUGCUCUCACCUGGCCCACCUGUUUUACAUCGGACUUAUGGGGCUGAUGGCCUACUACGCCGUCAGUGAGGAUGACGAGGAUGAAGUGAAAGACAAAUGGGGCCCGAGGGUCAUUGAGAUUCAAGACAAGAUGCAAGAAGUUCUGGACCAAUGCACUGAGGAAGACUGAAGUCACACUGAACAACUGCUGAGACAAAUCCGUUUCAUAAUAUGCUGAAAGUUUUAAUGUCACAAGCAAUCUUGAAUAAGGAAGUUUCAAUAAAUCCUGUGGGGUGUAAAAUGGGUCAUUCUUUCUCUGCUUGACAAUGGACUUUUUGAUGCAAUCUCUUCUUG